UACCAGGAUAACAGAGAUUUGACAUCAAAUAGUCCAAGCAAUAGUUCUGUGAGUGCUACACGAGAGGUUAGCUCUCCGGAGGUUUCCAUCAAGUCAAACAUACACCCUUCACCAAACAGUUACCGCACAGAUAAUUCGGUGCAUUCAGAAAGUUCACAUGUAGCUUUGGAUCAAACAAACAUGCAGGUGAAAGGAUCUGGUUCAGAUGCAUUUCGAGUGAGUGUUUCUAGUGCUCCUAGUACUUCAAGUCAUGGUUCUGCACAGGAUGAUUGCGAUGCUUUAGGGGAUGUAUACAUAUGGGGUGAGGUUAUAUGUGAUAAUGUUGUCAAGGUUGGGCCAGAGAAGAAUGCUAGUUCUGUUAGUAGUAGAGCUGACGUGCUUCUUCCCAGGCCGUUAGAAUCUAACGUUGUUCUGGAUGUCCAUCAUAUCGCCUGUGGGGUCAGGCAUGCUGCAUUAGUCACCAGACAAGGUGAAGUCUUUAGUUGGGGUGAAGAAUCUGGGGGACGGCUUGGCCAUGGAGUUGGGAAAGAUGUUCCUCAACCACGUCUUGUGGAAUCUUUAUCCUUUUGCAGCGUUAAUUUUGUAGCGUGUGGAGAGUUUCACACUUGCGCUGUUACUAUGGCUGGUGAACUUUAUACAUGGGGAGAUGGGACGCAUAAUGCUGGCCUCUUGGGUCAUGGAACUGAUAUCAGUCACUGGAUACCAAAGAGAAUAUCAGGUCCUCUUGAGGGACUUCAAGUUUCAAUGGUUACUUGUGGUCCAUGGCACACUGCCCUUAUAACAUCAACUGGACAACUCUUUACAUUUGGGGAUGGAACCUUUGGUGUUUUGGGCCAUGGUAAUCGGGAAAACGUCUCAUACCCGAGGGAGGUUGACUCUCUUUCAGGGUUAAGGACUAUUGCUGUUGCGUGCGGAGUGUGGCAUACUGCUGCUGUUGUUGAGGUUAUUGUAACACAGUCUAGUGCCAGUGUUUCAUCUGGAAAAUUAUUCACAUGGGGUGAUGGUGAUAAAAACCGUCUUGGACAUGGUGACAAAGAUCCUCGACUGAAACCUACGUGUGUACCUGCACUUAUUGAUUACAAUUUUCACAAAAUUGCUUGUGGACAUAGUUUGACUGUGGGCCUGACUACAUCUGGGCGUGUUUUCACAAUGGGAAGUACGGUCUAUGGUCAGCUUGGAAAUCCUCAGUCUGAUGGAAAGCUACCUUGCUCUGUAGAAGACAAGCUUGCUGGUGAAUCUGUUGACGAAAUUGCUUGUGGUGCAUAUCACGUGACUGUCUUAACCUCCAAAAAUGAGGUCUACACGUGGGGAAAAGGAGCCAACGGAAGGUUGGGCCACGGAGAUAUAGAAGACCGGAAAAUGCCAACACUAGUUGAAUCUUUAAAGGAUAGGCACGUUAAAUAUAUUGCGUGUGGUUCAAAUUUUACAGCUGCUAUAUGUCUUCAUAAAUGGGUUUCUGGUGCUGAGCAGUCUCAGUGCUCGGCUUGUAGACAGGCAUUUGGCUUCACGAGAAAGAGGCAUAAUUGUUAUAAUUGUGGACUAGUACACUGUCAUGCUUGCAGUUCAAGAAAAGCAUUGCGGGCUGCAUUGGCACCUAAUCCCAGCAAACCAUAUCGUGUUUGUGAUGCCUGUUCUGCUAAAUUAAGUAAAUUGGCAGAAACUGGAGUCAAUAGCCGGAGAAAUGCUGUACCGCGCCUUUCAGCUGAGAAUAAGGACAGGUUGGACAAGGCUGAUCUGCGAUUAGCUAAGUCGGGAAUGCCAUCCAAUUUUGAUUUGAUCAAACAGUUAGAUACAAAAGCAGCUAAACAAGGAAAGAAAUCGGAUACAUUCUCUUUAGGCCGUUCCUCUCAAGUGCCUUCUCUGUUACAGCUAAGAGAUGCUGUAAUUUCUGCAGCUGUUGAUGCACGACGAACAGUUCCAAAACCAGUUCUUGCACCAUCUACUGUUAGUUCAAGGUCUGUGUCCCCAUUCUCAAGAAAAUCUAGCCCUCCACGAUCUGCAACACCAGUCCCUACAACUUCAGGACUUUCUUUUUCCAAAAGCAUUACAGAAAGUUUGAAGAAGACUAAUGAACUUUUGAAUCAAGAAGUACAUAAAUUACGUGAGCAGGUCGAGAGCCUUAGAAAUCGAUGUGAACUGCAAGAGUUGGAUAUCCAGAAAUCAGCAAAGAAAGCUCAGGAAGCAAUGGCAUUAGCUGCAGAGGAAUCUGCUAAAUGUAAAGCAGCAAAAGAUGUGAUAAAGUCUCUUACUGCACAGCUCAAAGAUAUGGCAGAAAGAUUGCCACCCGAGGCUUAUGAUUCUGAAAGCACCAAAGUGGCUUACCUACCAAAUGGUGCUGAACCAAAUGGCAUACCUUAUCCUGGCACAAAUGGAGAAGGAAAUUCAAGACCUGAUACGAUCAAUAACUCAUACACGGCCUCCCACCUUGGAAUUGACUCGACAUUAAAUAGAGUGAGCAAUGAAAUUAACUCGGGUGCUCAGGGACUUGGGUUUUCUGCUACCAAUGGGAUGAAUGAACGCUCAGAUGUCAGACUACCAAAUGGAGGCGAAGAUGUUCAGGCUUACAGGAAUAGUGCUGAAAGUGUCAACACUAAAGAAUCUGUGCCUCCAGAUGGUGAAAACGUCUUAAAAUCAAGAAACUCGAUGGUUCCUGGUAAUGCUAGUCAAAUUGAGGCUGAGUGGAUUGAACAAUAUGAACCUGGUGUGUAUAUAACACUUGUAGCCCUUCGAGAUGGAACUAGGGAUCUCAAACGUGUCCGCUUCAGCCGUAGAAGAUUUGGGGAGCACCAAGCAGAGACUUGGUGGUCAGAGAAUCGUGAAAAAGUUUACGAGCGAUACAAUGUUCGUGGAUCAGACAAGUCAUCGGUUUCUGGCCAGGAUACGCGACGGUUCGAUGGAGCCGUUUCACCAUCUUCCCAAAUAUAGGUACAAAGGAAAGAUAAAUUCUCCAUUUAUGCUAAUGAUGCAGGUUCUCAUAGUGGAGGAAUAGACACCCUUCUAUUUUUUUACCCUUCACCCCAUUUUUCUUAUCCCCUUUUCUUUAAAUUUAUCUUCUUCCUAUUUAUUUCUUCGGGAAUCCAUUGUUUUUGUUGUCAUAUUGUCGUGUAUAUAGACAUGUCGAUUAUUAUAUGCUAGAAAGUUUUUGUGCUCCA